AUGCCGCCAGCAUUGGGCUUUGGGAGGGCGCUGACUCGGAGCCGGCGUCUCCCAGGCCCAACCAAGAGCCCAUCGAUAUGUCUCUUUUGUUCCUUCUUGCCCCCUAGAGCCAGGUUCCCUCCUCUUCAACCAUCUUUCCAGUCCACCCUUCCCCGAUCGCGACGAAAACCACAACCAGACGCCAUCCGCAGCCAAACGACCGCCUCAGCAGCCCCCGCCACCAGCUCCAAGCCCGACUCCGAUUCAAACCCCCGCCGAGCCCUCCAUCGCGCGCUGCUGGACCUCCAGUCCCAUGCCCCCGGCUACGUCAACACCUUGCGCCUGCAGCUGGCCCUGCGCAACCUCACCCAGCCCCCCGGACACGAGUCAAUCCGUGUCGCCUUCCUCGGCGCAUCACCACCAGCAUCCUCCUCAACUACUACCACCCCUACCGCCAGGCGCAACACAACGAACCGCCUCCUUCGACUGGCGCUGGCCGACCCGCUCAAGCCAGCCCAACCAUGGGAAGCGCAGCUUGAAGCGCACGACACGGCUACGCACCCGCUCGUCGUCCGCGUCGGGCCGGCGGCGGCGGCGGCGGCGGAACAGCACCAUCUGGAAACAGACGGCACGCAAAUACGACAACAAGAGAAGAAGCACGUUAUUCCCGAACUGCGCGUGUCUUCGCCCUUGCUGGACGGCGGAAAUCUGGAGCUGCUAAUUGCCGAGGUCGGCGAGGCGCUUUUCGCAGAUGGAGUGGAGGUGCAGGUUGUUGACGACGCCAUUCUCGUUCCGACGGUGGAGGUGGCGUCGACCACGGCAGGGCACGUGGCGCCUGUCAGGACGCCCGUGCAUAUGGCCGUGCUGGUUGGGGACGGCGUCUUGGGGGCGGCGGGGGUUUUGGGACUUCCCGUUUCUGAAGGCCGGGACGUCGUGACGGCUGCGGUGAACUUUGCUGGGCUGGGCGAGGGCGAUUUGCGGGGCUGCCCGCUUGUUCCGGUCAACGUGGAUGCGGCUAGUGAGGGGUUGGCGCUGUUUCGCGCCGAUGUCAGCAACGCGAUGAAGUUCGAGGCUCUGUGGACCGCGGGGAACGUUGGGCGCAUCAGCAAGUGGCUAAGGGCGAAUGUCCUGGCGAGUGGUGAGGGCGUUACGAAAGCCCCGGUGCGCAACCUGGUCCGAUCGGUGCUUCGGAACGCCAGGGCCGCGAUACAAGAGGCGGAAGUCCGUGAGUUGUCCUCGGAAUUGAAGGAAAAAGUCUCGCCCGGUUCUAUUGCGCAACUUGAUCAAGCUCUUUCGGAGUGGGCGCAAAAGGCACACGAGGAGUUGCAGCAGCAAUUGGACAUUGCCUUCUCAGGUCGGCAGUGGAGGAACCUGGGAUGGUGGAAGCUUUUCUGGCGUGCAGACGAUGUGGGCAUGGUGGCCUCAGAAAUGGUGGCACUUCGUUUCCUUCCGGACGCAGAGAAGGGCAUCAUCUACCUUGCCGGGCGUAUCCAGGAGGCGGGCAUCGUCGAGGGGCAGAAAGGGCAGCCACUAUACCCUGGGCCAACACUAAUUCAACCGGGGACAACCAGCUCCCGGCAAGACGAAAUCGCACCUCUCACGGUAGCGAAGUGGCCGACACAUAUCCCUUUCACAAGGAAUUAUCUCCAGGAGAAGACUGUACCGGCGCUGCAAGCUCUGGCCCAAAAGCUGGUCAUCCACUCGGCAAGCUUGGGGGGGUUGAGCAGCGCCCUGGCAGGUCUGUCAUACCUCUCGGGCCUUGGGGCGUACGAGUGCGGGGCGAUCGCAGCUCUUGGCCUUAUCCUGAGCUUUAGACGCCUCCAGCAAAAGUGGGAUGCGGCUCGGGAAUACUGGGAAGGAGAGGUACGCGAGGAAGGCCGCAAGGCCAUCCGCGCGUCAGAGGCUAGCAUUGCUGGUGUUCUAGCCGAAGCAAGCAAGCCUCGUGACGAUCGGCAUGCGGAUCUGGAGGAGCUAAGAAAGGCUGAGGACAUCAUCAAGCAAGCGGAGGAUGCUCUUUCACGGAUGACGUAG